AUGAUAGAGCUGAAAAAACUUGUUCUUAAGUCAAUAAUAGUCAUUUGUAUUGGAUAUAUACUACGUUGUCUUUUGAAUACAUCAACUAAUUCAUCAUUUAUUUACCAUGUUAAAUCAUCCAUUGAAUUGAAUGAUCAACUUAUUACCAAUAAAAAAUAUGGAAAGUUAGAAAAAAUUGAUUUGAUAAAUUAUAAUGGUCCUGAAAGUUUAAUUUAUCAUAAUGGUUCAUUGUAUACCACCGUAAUUCAAGGGAAAAUAUUAAGAAUAAAUGAUACUGGAAUUUAUAUUCAUGCAACACUUGGUUCAUUGAAUUGCAUUGGUGUACAUGAAUGUGGUAGACCAUUAGGUUUAAAAUUGUUCAAUAAUUCGGAGAAUUUCUUGGUUACGGAUGCUUAUUUAGGUGUAUUAUCUGUUUCGGUAAAAGAUGGUAGUGUGAAAAAAUUAUUCCCUUUAGAUGAAAAUUUCAAAGUUACAUUUUUUGAUGAUUCUGUAAUUUUACCAAAUGGUAGUCUUAUUAUUACUGAAGCUAGUACAAAAAAUACAUUACAACAUUUAUGGACAACAAUUUUAGAGGGAUUACCUAGUGGAAGGCUAACAAUGGUUGAUACACGAACUGGUCAGUACAGUCACAUAAUGGAUGGUUUACGCUUUCCCAAUGGAAUCGAACUUUGUAAUGACGGCAAAUCCAUAUUAGUCGUUGAAACAAUGAAACUUCGAGUUUUACGAAUUCCAUUGGACGGAGGUGAAGUGACUAUGUUUAGUGAUGGACUACCUGGUUAUCCGGAUAAUAUCAAAGCUAGUCCACGUGGUGGUUACUGGGUUCCUGUAUCAAAUCUUCGUGAUGAGCCUCUAUCUGUACUUCUACUCAAUCAUCUACCAGCUUAUCCACGUAUUCGUCAAUUAGCUUCUAGUAUUAUCUCCAUGCUUCCAUUCAAACCAACACCAAAAGGAAAAUCAUCAAUGUUAAUUCGUUUAGAUGAAAAUGGACAGAUAAUUGAAAUUUGGAAAGAUUUACAAAAUGAAUUACCGAAUGCUUGUGAAGUACUAGAACAUGAUGAUAUUUUAUACACUGGAAGCUUCUAUUUACCUUACAUUGGUCGUUUAAAAAGAUUAUCAAAUUAA